AUGUUAAUCUCCAGCCUUGCUCAAGGGAAGAGUACUGCUAUUCAAUGCUUUGAUUCAACUGGUCUGCCCUUGGUAACUGUCGGAAAAUGUUCUGUGGAGGCCUCCAAAGUACUCUCCUCUAUAUAUCGACAUGCUCAACUUGUCACUGAUGCAGAAGGAGAAAGGCCGCCUGUAGUUGUUCUGGAACGAGAGAAAAGUCGAAUUCUAAUGGCUCAAUCAGGCGGAUGCAUAACGGCUGUCUACAGUAAUAACUCUUUGUAA